UUUCAAUGACAAUGAUGAUCUUGAUCACCGGCUGAACUGUUCUCCUUUUGCCUUAUCCCUUCCCAUGCUCCACUAGCUAGCUUCCAUUAUUCAUGCUAGCAUUUCAUUUCCUAGGGACUCAGGAUUUUUCUCGUGAAUCUCUGUAUUUGAGUUUGAACUAUUAGACAUUCAACAUUGUUUGGGUGUCGAUGCUUCUAAAUUUUAAGCCAUCUGUUUCAAUUAUACAAUAGUCACCUAAAAGGACAAUUAAUUGAAGUCUCAUGUUGGAUCAAGAUUCUCUGAGGUGAGAAGAUCACAUGACCCUGUCAUUUGAGUUGCAAUCCACAUUUAAUUUAUUAAGAGUGAAUCAUGGGUUUUAUCGAAAGAGAGAGUAAACAGUAGAAUGAUGCUACAUCAUAUCACAUAACAGAUAAAAUAUCCAAAACGGAAAAUUAAAAUAUACAGUUUGACUUAAAUAAAGAGUGAGUAUUGAAGUUGCUUUUUCCAUGGAGUUUUGUGCAGUUUAAAAAUGAAUUUUGAUUUUUCUCUUAUGAUUAUGAGCAUUGACUUUAUUGGGCACGGAAGGAAGGUCCUUUUUAAUUUUUAGAAUUAAAUGUGAUAGGAGCUCGUAAACUCUCAAAUGUCUAUAAAUUGAGUACUAAACAUAAACAUCUGUGAAAUCGAGCAUUCAUCUUCCAGGUAAUUUAAAAAUGGUUUGGUUGGAUUUGUUGGAAAGAGUGCUUUAAGAUGCUUUAUUGCCUAGUACUUCACACUCUUAUCACGAGGGUAACUAGUCCAAUGUAUUCUAGUUUGAAGUUAAAGCCUUGAUAAUUAUUGAUGCAUCAUGUGACUCUCUGUACAUUAAACUUAGUGCAGGUUACAAUCCUGAGAGCUGCCACCGACAAAUCUAUCUCCAUUUGCAGCCAAGAGCAGUAUCUGAAUUUAUCGCACAUGGCUUGUCAAAUGAGAUGUAUGAUUCCGAAGCCAGGAUUAUCAACUUCAGAUAAUGAAUACCCUGAUAAGUCCUGUAUAAACGUUGCAGCUUCUAGAAUCCAAAGCCGGUGCAGCGAGCGAAGCUUUUCUGGAGAAGCUCUAAAAGUUGGCAUGAAGUCCGCAUCAUUAGUGCAUAGCUGUUUCCUGGCAAGAAGGUCAGGAUGGAGAAUAGCCUUUGCCUUGAACACAGGUGGAGCGCCAGGUGAUGGUGAACAACAAAGCCUCGAUGAUGCUAGUUCCAAUUUUGGCAGCACACGAUUGGGUAGGAUUCUGGCAGCAGGUGGCAGACAACUGCUAGAAAAACUGAACUCAGCGAGAAAGAACUUUCCAAUGAAGAUAUUCCUGGUACUUUUGGGUUUCUACACUGCAAAUGCACUGGCUACAAUCCUCGGGCAGACCGGUGACUGGGAUGUUCUGGUCGCAGGUGUCGUGGUGGCUGCAAUUGAGGGGAUUGGCAUGCUCAUGUACAAAAAACCUUCUACUAUGAGGACUGGGAGGUUGCAGUCUUUUGUGACAAUGAUGAACUUCUGGAAAGCUGGAGUGUGCUUAGGUCUCUUUGUGGAUGCUUUUAAGUUAGGCAGCUAAAGGUCCCCAUAGUUUGUCUCCUAAUAAUGCUGUAUCCUCUUCUUUCAUAAAUCUAUGAUAAGCCCCAAUUUCGGCUCCAUUUCUCCUCUAUUGCCCAAUUAUAUAUAUGGUGUACAUUUAUUGUAAUAUAUUAAUAGAAUAAUACGGUUGCUUAAUGAAUGCGUGAGAUACAUCUAAAGCUGA